AUGCGUCUCCUCUGCUGCUUGGCCGCUCUCCUCGUCCUCGCUCUCCAACACCAAUGCCACGGCCUACUCCUCCCGCUCACCAACACGCUGCUCUCCUCGCUUCGCGGGGCCAAUGACACCGCCACGCCCGUGCACCACCUCCUCCGCUCCUCGUCGCUCCGCUCGGCCGCGCGCCACGGCCGGCACCGCGCGCGCAGGAGCCCGCCGCCGCCUCACGGCGGACGCCACCGCCAGCUCUCGCUCCCGCUCUCCCCGGGCAGCGACUACACGCUGUCCCUGUCCGUGGGGCCGGCGUCCGCCGCUGCGCCAGUGUCGCUCUUCCUCGACACCGGCAGCGACCUCGUGUGGUUCCCCUGCGCCCCCUUCACCUGCAUGCUCUGCGAGGGCAAGCCCACGCCGUCGCCGGGCCACUCGAGGCCGCCGCAGCCGCCGCCGCCGGACUCCCGCCGCGUCCCCUGCGCGUCGCUGCUCUGCUCCGCGGCGCACGCCUCGGCGCCGCCGUCGGACCUCUGCGCCGCGGCGGGGUGCCCGCUGGAGGACAUCGAGACGGGCUCGUGCCGCGGCGCGUCCCACGCGUGCCCGCCGCUGUACUACGCGUACGGGGACGGCAGCCUCGUGGCGCACCUGAGGCGCGGCCGCGUCGGGCUGGGCGCGCGCGCGUCCAGCGUGGCCGUCGACAACUUCACCUUCGCCUGCGCGCACACGGCGCUGGGCGAGCCUGUCGGGGUGGCGGGGUUCGGCCGCGGCCCGCUCUCGCUGCCGGGCCAGCUAGCUCCGCAGCUCUCCGGCAGGUUCUCGUACUGCCUCGUGUCCCACUCCUUCCGCGCCGACCGGCUCAUCCGGCCUAGCCCCCUCAUCCUGGGCCGCAGCCCAGACGCCGGCGGCGGCGGCCUCGGCGCCGCAGCCGAGGCGGACGGCUUCGUGUACACGCCGCUGCUCCACAACCCGAAGCACCCGUACUUCUACUCGGUGGCGCUGGAGGCUGUCUCGGUAGGCGCGACGAGGAUCCAGGCCCGGCCGGAGCUCGCGCGCGUGGACCGCGCCGGGAACGGCGGGAUGGUGGUGGACUCGGGAACCACCUUCACCAUGCUGCCCAACGAGACGUACGCGCGGGUGGUCGAGGCGUUCGCCCGCGCGAUGGCCGCGGCGGGGUUCGCGCGCGCCGAGCGCGCCGAGGAACAGACGGGGCUCACGCCCUGCUACCACUACGCCGCCGCGUCGGACCGCGGCGUGCCGCCGCUGGCGCUGCACUUCCGGGGCAAUGCCACGGUGGCGCUGCCCCGGAGGAACUACUUCAUGGGGUUCAAGAGCGAGGAGGCGGCAGGGGCGGAGAGGAAGGACGACGUGGGGUGCCUCAUGCUGAUGAACGGCGGGGACGCGUCCGGUGAGGAGGGUGAUGGGCCCGCCGGCACGCUGGGCAACUUCCAGCAGCAGGGGUUCGAGGUGGUGUACGACGUGGACGCCGGCCGCGUCGGGUUCGCACGCCGCCGGUGUACGGACCUGUGGGACUCGCUGUCUCGCCGGUGA